AUGCCUAUUAGAGAGCAUUUGUUCAUAUCUAUGGUUCCAAAGCCAGUCUCCAUUGCGCCCGAUAUUCACAAGGAACUAUUCGAUCGUAUUUUUGAUGCUGAGGUAUUCAGUCGAUGGGUGCGAUAUAGAGAUCGCUGGCAACUACAUGUUAUUGGAGGUUUAGGCUCGGGCAAGAUUAGUCAAACCAUUGGUGUUGGUCACCCCCAGCGCGGGUCAUCUCUUGCCACGAUUUCCAUCGAUGCUGUUCACAUCGGAAACGAGCUGAAUCUUUUCGAGGAUCUAACGCAUAGCAUAUACAAGCCACUAACACCUCCGUUCAUUAUGGUUCAGCUUGAAACACGUGCUACAUAUGCACAGUACAAUGACUCUCGGUGCGCUGCCGAAGAGUCUACGCAACGUAUGGAUCUGAUUUCUCAUACCACACUGCAGAAUGGAGGCCUCAAAAUCCUCAUCACAUCGCGGUUGCCGAAUUAUGAAAUCCCAAUACAUAGGCUGUGUGACUCCAUAAACCACGUCGGAGAUGAGUUUAUACUGUGUGCAGGCUCGCCUGAAGCUGUGGACCUAAAUCCCAAACGUCUACCAGGAAACGUUGGCGAGGAAUGUUGCAUUGCUACUAUCCAUCGGGUGUUUUGGCUCUUUGUUCAAGAUGACUAUAAUGAAGUAUUGAUCUUGGCUUACGCGAGAGGUUCGGCGAACAAGCCAUCGCAAGUUUCCAGCGUGGAAGGUGAUAGCCUCAGUGCCAAAGCAGCAGGCAGGGCAUCGAAGAAAGCUCCUGAUCGGCCAGUCGCUAGUUCCAGAGCCAAACCUAGGGAAGCUAACAAGAUGCCACAAAAGCAUCAGAAUAUGACUCAGAAUGCUUCAAUGAAUGACAUGCUAUAUGAACACCUCGAACAAUGGGACAGAGUUCACACGCCCAAUACUACACAUAGCUACAUUAUCAGGCAAAAGAAUACCGCGCAAUCGAUCAUGGGUGGAGCGAGAUCCAUCGAAGACUUGGAUAAGUGGAAAGCUUGA